AUGUGGCGUCAGGUGUGUGACUCGUGCCAUGCUAGGAAGAUCCGAUGUGACAGGAACGAUCCCUGUGGAAAUUGCCUGGACCAAAAGUCCGCAUGCACUCGGACCCGUGGCAUGAAGCGACUUCCCAAGAGGAACCUUGCUCAGAUCCCAAGAGGGACCUACGACCAUCAACCUGACGGGCCCCUUGCCUCCCAGUCCUGGGCCGCAUAUCCACAGUCGCUGCAAGACGGCGUUAAUCAAGCAGGAGACUCUUCUACUUUCGAUGUAGGUUCACAUCGGAUGGGCGAAAACUUCUCGGCGGACAUGCUUGAUAAUGGACCCUCUAUGAUUUUGAACCGGUUCGAUAUAAACUAUGAGCUUCAUAACUGGAUUGCGUUUGUUCCUCUCACGGAUGCUCAGAUGAUCAACCGACAUCAGUUGGAACUUCCGCAGGGCCUUGCUUGGAGUAGGCACCAAGCUUUAGAAUCAGCCUUAUUUUUUGCAAGCCAGAUCCCUGGGAUUUUGGAUCAAUGUGCAGAGACGGUUGGGGAAAUAUCUGGUGAAGAACGGUGCAGCAUUCCGUCCAUUGAAUUCCUGCAUUGGAUGUUGAAUGAUAUCGGCAGUGACAAAUUUGGCUCCUUCGCUUUGGGCUUUUUCAGACACAUUGGCAAAGACACUCUCAAGUAUAUGGGGUUAGCCAUCAUUUUUAACACUGCCACGCCUUCUGAUUCCAUUCUUUACACAGUCUGCGUCAGCUCCGUGGCCUAUAAAUUCCUCAAUACUAUAGUCGAGACUGAAAGAGACGACGAAAUAGCUCAGAGACUCCGGUACCACGCACUACUCUACAGAGAAACGGCAAAGAGAGCGAUGAAGAAGGUUUCACUCAUGACAAAGCCUUCGCUUUCUUUACUACAAGCCAUAUUAUGUGGGAUCUUCUUACACCAAGGAUCAGGCGACACCAACACCUGCCGAGAGCUGGCAAAGUCUGCAUGUAGGAUAUGCAUGGAUCUCAGCCUGCACCCUGCUACUAGCAGCGAGGAAGACACCGAUAUGGGCCCCUCAAGCACGAACAUCGUGUCCUCGGAAUUGAUUCUUAUAUAUUUAUAUCUGGCGGAAGUUCAGGAUGCAAUGAUGCCUUUUCUUAAUGACUCCACCAGGGCAACUGCCUCUCGGUCCUUUCGCAGUAUAGGGGCAGGCCUUUUGCAAAAGAUGGAGAACAUUCAAAUGAAGAUAGACCAGAUCAGACUCCCAUCCACAAGCUGGACUGGCUUAGAUUUAGACAGCGAAAUCGCAACCCUCGACUUCGCCUACCAUUCGGUUAUGACCAGCAUCUUACACCUGUACCAAGUCACUCAUAACCGAACCGGCAUAGAUCACUACCUUGGGUCUGCGCGACGUGAGCUGCUGGCGUUGAUAAUGAUAUGCAGGUCCAGUGACGUACAGAAAACCGUCGCCCAUUUACAUUGGACCCUUUUAUAUUAUCCUUUAACAUCGUGCUUUGCACUGUUCUGCAACGCCAUCAUAACAUGCCAUUUAGAGGACUUUCAGAUCCUCAAGACUGUCGCGGACUGUCUGGCUCAGAGCGGGACAAUGAGCCAGCCUAUCGCCAUCAUGCAGAAACUAUUUCAGGAAUUCGUUUCUCUAUCGUGGUGUUUCUUCAGUGCAGAAAACACGACUGUCUCUGGAGAUAAGAGCAUCAUGUGGCCACUUUCUUCUCACAGACAGGGGACUGCAUCUGACAUUUCAUCCUUGCCGCUCCCUUCCUGGAUGGAAACUUCUUUUAGUCAGGAAGCACCAACUGACAUAAUGGGACAAUUGGAGCCAGCCUCUUUCUCAGUGCCCAACAAUUCCCUGUGCCAAGAUUGA